AUGGGUAGAAGAAAAAUAAUGCAUACUCCAGAAGAUGAGCAAUCUUAUCAAGUGCAAAAACGUUUGAGAAUUUCGGAAAAUCAAAGAAUUAGACGUCAAGCUGCACGUGAUAAAUCAAACAAUGAACAAGUAAAUUCUGUACGUGAUAAUAAUUCAACAAAUAAUGAACAACAAAAUUCUGUAGUAGAAGAUUACUUAGGAAAAAUGGAUACUUUAUAUUCAAAUUGCAAAGCUGAACAUUUUAUUUCUAAAAAAGUAGCAAAUAAAGGUUUAUCUUUCAAUGAUUGUUGCUCUCAUGGGGCCGUGACUUUAGAGAGCACGCCAGAUUUUCCACGAGAACUUGAAACAUUAUUUGAUGGAACUCAUUCCCAAUCAAGUAACUUCUUUGAAAAUAUUCGCUAUUAUAAUAAUUCGCUUUACUUCGCUUCUUUUAAUGCUAACUUAGUUAAUUUUCAAUCACGUCGUCCUGGACCAUAUUGUUUUAAAAUUCAUGGACAAAUAUAUUAUCAAAUUAAUACUGCUUUGUAUCCUUCUGACAAUGAAAGUCCUACGUAUGGACAACUCUUUUUUCUUGACCAAGAACAAGCUCUUGAUGUUAGAAGAACUCAAAAUCCUCAACUUAAUCAAACAACACUUGCAAUGUUAGAUGAAAUAAUAAGAAAAAAUAAUAUUUUUGCGAAAUCUUACGCAAUGAUGAAACAAGAAAUAAAUGAUCACCGGUUACAGAUGAAUGGGGAGAAUGAACCUGAAUUACAAUUAUUAUUUUCUUUGAAACCAGGUUUUGAUAGGAGAAGAUUUAAUUCACAGCGGAUAAAUGAAGUUGCUGCUAUUUUUUCAACAACAGCUGACGGUGAAAUCCCAGAGUCUUACGUAACUAUUCGAAAUAAACACACAAAAGAAUUGCAAUGCGUUAGUAGUAUGGAUCCAAACGUAGAACCUUGGAUUUAUCCAUUAUUUUAUCCUUAUGGAUCGCGAGGGUGGCAUCGAAAUUUAGAACGUAUUAAAAUGAAUAAUGAUGAUCCAAGUCGUAGAGUAACACGAUUGGCCUAUACUAAGUUCAAAAUUGCUGUAAGACGAAAUGUAUUUAACGCUAUUUUGUUAGGUCGUCGAUUAUUUCAACAGUGGGUAGUAGAUUCUUAUGUUAAAAUCAAAAAAGACAGAAUCCAAUGGUGCAAAGAUCAUCAAAGAGAAAUUAAAGCAGAUACGUAUCAAGGAUUACAUGAUUAUUUGCAAAAUUCUGCGAUGCAAUGGCUUUAG